AAAACAAAAUCAAUAAAAAUAAUUUUACCAGAAAUUCGCAAUGCCAGUCAACAGUUUAGUUUCAUCUGCAGUUCUUAAAAAUACCUAUUUCAUUUGAAUUUUCACCGAAUAAUAAAACCUAAAUUCAAUCAUAUUUUUCUCUCCUCUUGAAACAUAUUUUUGCAUUCGUAUCAUUUUAUCGCCUUUUAGCACACGUGGAAGUUAAUUGAAAGUUAAACUGUUCUUUGAAAAAGUUAUUGAGAAUUACAUUGCGUAAAAUAAAAAAAUGUCUAAGUAACCAAGUACAAAAAAAAAGAAAAAAAAGGCAAGCAGAAUCAGAAAAAUGCUAGAUCCUGAAAACAUCAUCUUUUUUUUAUUUACCCCCGUUAAACAAACUUUUGUUAUCCUAGAUAAAGAAACUUCAAAGAUUUUUCUUUCCUUCACCGUCGAACUUUCUUCACACCUAGAUCUUUUCUCUUUGGCGAUCCAGAUCCGGCAACCCUUUUGUGCUCUUCUCCUUCCGGACCUAUCUGGCCCAAAUAGCAGACAGCGCUCCGCGGCCGAUGCUACCGGAUAAUUUUUCUCCCUACUUGUUGAACAUCAGGAGUACUCAACAGCAUGUGACGAUUUAUAGUAUACGUUCCCGCGGGCCCUGUAGUUUUAGUAGUGGAGGACUACUUUUUAGUAAAGCCUCUUAGCUGAAUCAGGGCUGUACUACCGUAGUUUUGACAGCUGUAGUUGUUAUUUUUAAUGCUAUCGACCAAUGUUUAUUUUUUGAUGCACUUUUUGCUGCACAUCUUGUAAUUGAUCGCUUCUUCUGUGUGUAACCUCAGCACGAGCUUCCAUAUGUGUUUUCGUAAUAAUGUGUUUACUUGCAGUGUGAUAUAUAAAUGUAUAGAAACUUAUCAAAACUCGCAUUUCUAAGCGAUUUUUAAAGCACUUUCUAACUUUUGUGAGGAAUAUUUAUUGUCUUCUAACGAAGUCCGUACCAUAAAUUAGCAACUUUCCAGCCAAAUAUUAUGAUUGGAGCUGCUGGUAGUCGUCAUUUGAAUAGUCGCCGAAGAGGAUCAUCUCCAAAUGUAUCACCCCACCUUCUGCAUUUGAACCGCAACUCGCAAUUGCCAACACAAAAUGAAGACGAAGAAGGUAGUGGAAGUAUGCUUAUGCCUGAACUGCCACCUGGUGUGAAAUUGAGCAGGAGGAGGGCAGUGGAUACUUCAGACCAUAAGACAUGUGCACUUUUGCAUACGCGUCUUAAAGGUCUCAAGCUUGAAGAUGUGGCGUUGCGGGCGCUGCAGGCCGAAGCCGCCAAAUCGACUAGUGAGAGGAGGGGAGGAAGCUACGAUGAACAGAAGCUGAGCAGCGGAGGUAGGGAGAUGGUGAAGAAGAGAGGCCAGCAACCGGAUGGAGCUCCAGGCCCCUCCUCACUCUUCAUCUUGUCCGAAAAGAAUUUCUUCAGGAAAUACACUAAAUGGAUCAUAGAGUGGCCUCCAUUUGAGUAUGCGGUUUUAUUGACCAUCAUAGCGAAUUGUGUGGUUUUGGCCUUAGAAGAACACUUGCCCAGGCAAGACAGAACUCCACUGGCACAAAAGCUUGAGACAACGGAGCCAUACUUUUUAGGAAUUUUCUGCUCUGAAACUUUAUUAAAAAUAUUAGCUUUAGGUUUUAUACUUCACAAAGGGGCUUAUUUACGAAAUAUUUGGAAUAUUAUGGAUUUUGUUGUUGUAGUUACCGGGUUUAUAACAUUCAUUGUACCCCAAGACAUAGAUGUAGACUUGAGAACACUGAGAGCUAUUAGAGUUCUGAGGCCUUUGAAGCUGGUAUCUGGUAUACCAAGUCUUCAGGUAGUUCUCAAGUCUAUCAUCAAGGCAAUGGCACCUCUACUCCAAAUUGGCCUCUUGGUGCUCUUUGCCAUUGUAAUAUUUGCUAUUAUAGGCCUUGAAUUUUACAGUGGUGCUCUUCAUAAAACUUGUUACAAUAUAUUGGAUAGAUAUGAAAUUGUUACUGAGGGAGACCAAACGACCCCUUGCUACAAAUACAGUGAGGACUCUAUGAAAAUCCCGACCGGGGCUUACAUUUGCGAUCCGGAUAAAGCACAAUGCGAAGAGGGUUGGAUGGGACCUAACUAUGGGAUUACUAGCUUUGAUAAUAUUUUUUUUGCCAUGUUGACGGUAUUUCAAUGCAUCACAAUGGAAGGCUGGACAGCCAUUUUAUAUUGGACUAAUGAUGCCCUAGGAAGUAGCUUCAACUGGAUCUAUUUUGUACCUCUUAUUAUUCUCGGAUCAUUUUUUAUGCUCAACUUAGUUCUUGGUGUACUUAGUGGUGAAUUUGCAAAAGAGAGAGAACGUGUGGAAAAUAGACAAACUUUUUUAAAAAUUAGAAGACAGCAACAGUUAGAAAAAGAAUUGAAUGGUUAUGUAGAGUGGAUAUGCAAGGCUGAGGAAGUAAUUUUAGCAGAAGAAAGGACUACAGUGGAAGAGAAACUUCAUAUCAUUGAAGCUCGAAAGCGUACUGCUAAAAGGAAAAAAAUGAAAAAUAUGCAUAGUAAAAGCACAGAUGAGGAAGAAGAAGAAGAAGAUGGUAGCAAAGAUGAGGAUCCUGUUGCUAAAAAGGGAAAACUAAAAGGUUUGGCUAGGGCUUCCUAUUUUAAGGCCAAAAUAAAGAACAAAGGUGCGUGCGUAGCCUUUUGGCGAGUAGAAAAAAGAAUAAGAUUUUUUAUUCGUCAUGCUGUUAAAACCCAAGCCUUUUACUGGUUUGUGAUAGUAUUAGUGUUUUUAAAUACUGUAUGCGUAGCAGCUAAUCAUUAUGGCCAACCUGAUUGGCUGACAGAUUUUUUAUACUAUGCAGAAUUUGUAUUUUUGGGACUUUUCAUCAGUGAAAUGUUUAUUAAAGUUUAUGCCCUCGGGCCUCGCCUAUACUUCGAAUCUGCCUUCAACAGAUUUGACUGUGUUGUUAUUUGUGGAAGUAUAUUUGAAGUCAUAUGGUCCAGUUAUAGAGAAGGUUCUUUUGGCCUUUCAGUGCUCAGAGCAUUACGACUUCUCAGGAUCUUUAAAGUGACAAAGUACUGGGCUUCUUUAAGAAAUCUAGUUGUAUCUCUUCUGAGCAGUAUGCGUUCCAUUCUGAGUCUGUUGUUCCUUCUCUUUCUUUUCAUUUUGAUAUUCGCACUUUUGGGAAUGCAACUUUUUGGAGGAGCGUUCAAUUUUGAAGAUGGUACUCCACCUGAGAAUUUUAAUUCCUUUCCUAUCGCCUUGCUCACUGUAUUUCAAAUAUUAACAGGAGAGGAUUGGAAUGAGGUUAUGUACAGUGGAAUUCAAUCUCAAGGAGGAAUACAUGGUGGAAUGAUAUAUAGUUUAUAUUUUAUAAUUCUAGUGUUGUUUGGUAAUUAUACUCUGUUAAAUGUAUUUUUGGCCAUUGCUGUUGAUAAUUUAGCCAAUGCUCAGGAGCUCACUCUUGCACAAGAAGAAGCCGAUGCUGAAAAGGAGAGAGAAGCGCAAGCAGAAAAGGAAAAAGAGAUGUUGGGACUUCAUGCUCCAGAAGUUAACAUAUGUCCCCCUUCCCCUCAAGUCAAUUUAGGCGAUAUUUCUAAUGGGGCCAAAGAAAAUUCAUUAAAUGUAACAUUGGGUGAUACAUUAAAUGAUAAAAAAGAUACCACGGAUCUCUCUGAUGAAGAUGAGGAGAAAGCCCAGGUGGAUGAAGAUGGUGAUGAUAUCGGUGGCCCCAGACCAAUGCUUCCAUAUUCAUCAAUGUUUAUUUUUUCGCCUCAUAAUCCCAUUCGUCGUGGUGCUCAUUUCGUUGUGAAUAUGCGUUAUUUUGACCUCUUCAUUAUGAUCAUCAUUUUAUUAAGUAGUAUAUCAUUAGCCGCCGAAGACCCUGUGUAUGAAGAUUCUUACAGUAAUAAAAUUCUAAAUUAUUUUGAUUUUGCUUUCACUGGAGUGUUUGCUGUAGAAAUGAGUUUAAAGGUUGUGGAUCUAGGUAUAAUCUUCCAUCCAGGUUCUUAUUGUAGAGAUCUAUGGAAUUUAUUGGAUGCUGUAGUUGUGAUAUGUGCUUUAGUGGCCUUUGCCUUUGCUGGAAGUAGUACUGGCCAGAACCUUAGUACUAUCAAAUCUCUAAGAGUAUUAAGAGUGUUACGACCACUCAAGACCAUUAAACGAGUGCCUAAAUUGAAGGCUGUAUUUGAUUGUGUAGUGACAUCCUUAAAAAACGUUGUCAACAUACUCAUCGUGUACAUCCUUUUUCAAUUCAUCUUCGCUGUUGUCGCUGUUCAGUUGUUUAACGGGAAAUUUUUCUUUUGCACAGAUACUUCUAAGCUUCGGAGUGAAGAUUGUGAAGGUGAAUUUUUAGUCUUUCAAGGAGACGAUAAGCCACCUUUAGUGGAUAAAAGAGAGUGGUCUCAUCAACCAUUUCAUUAUGAUAAUGUAAUGGCUGCCAUGUUAACAUUGUUUGCUGUGCAAACUGGAGAAGGUUGGCCAGAUGUCUUGCAAAAUUCCAUGGACUCUACAUACGUAGACUAUGGACCUCUUCCGAGGUUUCGAAUAGAAAUGGCUAUAUUCUAUGUUGUGUUUUUUGUGGUGUUUCCAUUUUUCUUCGUUAAUAUAUUCGUGGCCUUGAUCAUCAUCACAUUUCAAGAACAGGGGGAAAGAGAGCUUGAAGAAGGAGAGUUAGAUAAAAACCAAAAAUCUUGCAUUGAUUUUGCCAUUCAAGCUAGACCACUGCAAAGAUUUAUGCCUCAGAACAAAACUAGUGUACAGUAUAAAAUUUGGAAAGUUGUAGUUUCUACUCCAUUUGAGUAUCUUAUUAUGGUGCUAAUUGUGCUCAAUACAUUACUUUUGAUGAUGAAGUUUUACAAGCAAAUUAAGACGUUCCACGACACCCUGCAGUACAUGAAUACAGCCUUCACUGCACUCUUUACGGUAGAAUGUUUGCUCAAGUUGAUUGCAUUUGGAGUCAGGUACCAUGCAGCCAAUCCUGUGUAUCUAGACAUAUUAAGCUACAUGAACGAAGUUUUUACGGCACUCUUCCUGAUUGAAUGUAUUCUGAAGCUAUUGGCAUUCCGAUGCAAGAAUUUCUUUAAGGAUCCGUGGAACACAUUUGAUUUCAUCACAGUCAUUGGAAGUGUUGUAGAUGCUUUAGUUGUUGAAACUGGGGCUAAUUUCAUCAAUGUUGGAUUUCUACGCUUGUUCCGAGCUGCCCGCCUUAUUAAACUCUUGCGUCAAGGUUAUACAAUCAGGAUAUUGUUAUGGACUUUCAUUCAAUCAUUCAAGGCUUUACCUUAUGUAUGCCUCCUCAUCGCCAUGUUGUUUUUCAUCUAUGCCAUCAUUGGAAUGCAGGUGUUCGGCAAUAUCCAACUCAACCCUGACACAGAAAUCAAUCGCCACAACAACUUCCAAACCUUUGUUCAAUCUCUUAUUCUGUUAUUUAGGUGUGCGACAGGUGAAGCAUGGCAAGCAAUUAUGUUGGAUUGUGUGAAGGGCAGAGCUUGUGAUGAAAGAUCCAACAAGCCAGAGGGUGAAUGUGGAAGCAAUUUAGCUUAUACAUAUUUUGUCAGUUUCAUCUUCUUUUGUUCAUUUUUGAUGCUUAAUUUAUUCGUUGCUGUCAUUAUGGAUAAUUUUGAUUACCUCACUCGAGAUCCUUCUAUACUGGGUGCUCAUCACUUGGAUGAAUUUAUACGUGUUUGGGCUGAAUAUGAUCCUAACGCCACUGGUUUCAUUCCCUAUUCUGAAAUGUACGAUAUGUUGAGGAACAUGGAUCCACCUUUAGGAUUUGGCAACAAGUGUCCCUACAGACUUGCUUAUAAGAAAUUGAUACGAAUGAAUAUGCCAUUAACGGAAGAUAUGAAAGUAAAUUUUAGUACCACCUUAUUUGCUCUGAUAAGAGAAAAUUUAAGUAUCAAAAUGAGAGCUGCUGAAGAAAUGGAUCAAGCCGACGGAGAACUAAGGGAAACCAUCAAAAAGUUAUGGCCUCUUCAAGCUAAGAAACAAAUAAAUCGUUUGGUACCUCCGCCUGAAGCUGUAGGUACUAAACAAUUAACUGUUGGCAAAAUCUAUGCGGGAUUACUCCUUUUAGAAAAUUGGAAACAAACUAGAUUUGGUAAAAAUCCAGGAAACGCUCUCUCUGAGAAUCCUUCCCAAUCUCCUGAUCCUUCAGAUUCACCGCGACCGUCCUUAUUACAAAGAUUGAUGGGUGCAGUCUUACCCUCGAGGCAAGGGAGUUUAAAUUUGGAUGAAGAUCAAUUUGAAGAUGCCGAUUCUCAUUUACCACUCUCUAGGCAAGGGUCCAUACAUCGUUCAAAUUUAAGUAUUGAUAAGAAUCAUAACAAUGAAGAUAAGAAAUGGAAUAGAUCUUUCAGUUUUCUAAGACGAGGAAGCAGUCGGAAAAAGAAAAGAGGAAACAAUGAUAUGACUCCAACGUAUAUACAAGGUAGAGAUGGACAUCUUCAACCUGCUGGUGGCAUACCACCUCGUUCAAGAUCACCAUCACCUGUAUUUGGAAGAUCAUCGAUAUCCCCUCCUCAUGGUCGAUCUCCCCCAUUGAUACGUCGCUCCCCUUCACCUAGACGUCCCCACCACGACAUCAAUUUUACAGAAGCGGCUGCAGGAAUGGCUGAAUUUGUUCACGAAAAACAUGAAAAUAAGAGACGAGGUAGAUCGCGAGGCAAGAAACGUGAUUAUUCGCCUUCAAGAGCACGAUCUCCAGUUCCUAAACCAAUGUGGCGGCAUGGACCAAGUAUGCAUUCUAGGAGUAGGAGCCAUAGCCCCGUAUAUCCAAGCGUUAGGCUCGAUAGACGUUCUAGAACUCCAAGUCCCAGUCCAUCUACCCCUACUCAAAGUGAAUAUUAUGGUACAUCACACCUCCACUAUAGAUCUCGUAGUCCUAGUCCUUCUUCUGUGCAUAGCCUACCUGUAGUCCAUCGAAGGCCAGGUGGUGGUCGACGUCUGCCACCUACUCCAACAAAACCCUCUACGCUGAAAUUAGAUAUACUUUCUGAUCCAAUUAACUUCCCAGAUGUUUCCCAUUCUCCUACAGUACCUCAACCAAAUCGAUCACCAGGGAGUAUCAACUUCCCAAAACUUAGUGCCUCUCCAACCCAUGCUUCCUUAAUGAAUAGCCAGCAGCAGCACCCUCCAUGGAGGGAUAGGACAGCAGGGCCAACUCAUGCAUCAGCUUCUUUAUCAGUGGAUGUAAAAGAUGUGCACAUUAGAGAAGAACCGGUGCAUGGGUUGCCAGCUAUCAUUAAAACAGAUAGCAGCUUCGCGCCAACUGCCCUUGGACAGCGCAUAGAGCCUCUUAGUUUUGAGGCAGCUGCUGCAAUAGGCAGGGGCUCUCGCCAUUUGCCUUCACCCCUGCCUAAUGGCUAUAAACCUGGACAAAGAGAGCGAUUGCAAAGGGAACGAGAGCCUGUUACAAUGGUUGUAAGGACAAAAAGUAAAGGACCACGGCGACAUGAUCUUGAUGAAGACGACUGGUGCUAGCAGUAACCCAUGUCGCUCUCCUGAGCCUUUUCUUAAGCAGUGCCAUUAAAAGUGGGAGAAUAUAUCAAAAUCCUCCCUUUGCUGCUCACACCACUAGCCUUCAAAGACGAAGAUAAAUGCAUACAUUCAUAUAUAUGUAUAUCACAUAUGUGUGCAAGUAUAUAUUUAUGGAGACCGGUUCAUAUUGUUGCUGUGGCUACUCAUUUUGUGUUCUUUAUAUUCUCUGCACUAAUGAGGAAGAAUGUUGAUGGUGAAUAUUUUUUAUUUAUAUUUUUACUUUGUUGAUUGUUUUACUUUUUAUAAGACGCUGAAUAUGGGGGAGAUUUCUCAUCAAAUUGAUCUCCUAACUUAAAUCUUUCAGGUUAUGCUGUGAUAGAUCAUUGUACCCUCUUUAAUGUUCCCUUAGCAUAUAUACAGAAGUCAAAGAGGAAACCUUUCGUUCUAUGGCUAGAUAAUAAGGGGUUUUGUGAAAUGUUUGAAUCUUGACAUUUGAUAGCCGUAGCCUAGUUCAUAUAUUUACUGUAUUAACUGUGAUAUUAGAUGUUGAAUGUUAGACUGGUGAAUUCUUGUACAUGUUUUCAUAUCAUUUGCAGCCAAAUUGUGAUACUUCAAGGAUAUGGUAUCGUAAAAGACAUAUGAAUUAAUAUUAAAGAGUAAAUUAAAUGUCUUUGCUCAAAAAAAAAACUUUUUUUUUUUAUUCAAACGUAAUCUUGGUGUUAGGUCUAUUUUUCUUAUAAAUAGUGCUUUUUCUGAAACGUACGCAACUCAUUAAAUCAUUUAAACUUUGUCUUUGCCUUAAAUGUGUGAAAUAGGUUAGCACAUUUACUCAUUAUUAAUCAAAAUUAUAAUUAAUAUCAUAAAUUUCAUUUUGUGGUAAUAAUUGUUCAUCAUAAGAUACCUCUGCGUAAUAUUUGGUUUUGUAUCAAGAAAUUAUCUUUAAAAUUUUAAAAAAAAUCUAAUGUUUAAUAGGUUUGUAAGAUAUACAUAAUUUAUCAAUAUAGUAUUUAAUUCAUUCACAUAAUAUUCACUUUUGCAUAAAAAAAAUUAAAAAUUAAAAUCUAAUUUUUAAAGUAUAUUUAAGACAUGCACAUAUGGUCUUGAUAAGAUUUUAUAAAAUGAGUAAAAAUGGUUAAAAAUAACAUUAUCUUUAAAAUUAAAAUUAAAACACUUUACCUUAUU